CAAACCUUCAGCUUUCCUCCCUUUUUUUGUGUCCCAGUUUUCUGUACAACACUCCCACUUUUCUCUGCAGCUUCGCCGUCGCAGGUUCACUCAACUCUACAAGUCCAGCUUAAAACAUGUCUACCAAGGUGGCCAUUGUAACGGGCAGCAACAAGGGCAUCGGGCUGGCCAUCGUCCGAGCUCUCUGCAAAGACUACAAAGGAGACGUUUACCUGACCGCCAGAGAUGUCGGCCGUGGUCAGGAAGCAGUGCAGACUCUGGCCUCAGACGGACUGACGGCCAUGUUUCACCAGCUGGACAUCAACGACAUAAACAGCAUCACGGCCGCCGCUGCUUACUUUAAAGAGAAGUAUGGAGGAGUCGACGUCCUCGUCAAUAAUGCCGGGAUAGCAUUCAAAGAGGCAGACACGGCUCCAUUUGCAGUCCAGGCAGAGGUGACCCUCAAGACCAACUUCUUCGCCACCAGAGACAUGUUGACUCACUUCAUGCCGCUCAUUAAAGCUGGAGGUCGUGUGGUGAACGUCUCCAGCUUCGUCGGCUCCCGCACUUUGAACAAGUGCAGCGCGGCGCUCCAGCAGCGUUUCCGCAGCGAGGACAUCACAGAGGAGGAGCUGGUGGGGCUGAUGCAGCAGUUUGUUGACCUGGCCAAGAAGGGCGAGCACCAGAAGGGCGGCUGGCCUGACACGGCGUAUGGAACAUCCAAGACUGGACUUACGACCCUGUCCAUGAUCCUGGCUCGUCGUCUGUCCAAGGAGAGACCGAAUGACGGGAUCUUGCUGAACGCCUGCUGUCCAGGCUGGGUGCGCACUGACAUGGCUGGUCCGAAAGCCCCCAAGUCACCAGAGGAGGGCGCUAUCACUCCGGUCUACCUGGCCCUGCUGCCGCCCGGAGCCACGGACCCUCACGGAAAGUUUGUCUCUGAUAAAGAAGUUCAGCCGUGGUGAAAGGGUUAAAAAGGACCUCUGUGUGUGUGUGUAUGUGUGUGUGUGUGUGUGUGUGUGUGUGUGUGUGUGUGUGUGUGUGUAAAUCAAAGAGUGUCAGUGUUUCCACUUUAGCACUAAAUUGCCCAAAACUUCCAUACAAAAUAUAUUUCUUUUCCAAAAAA